GCUUGUAGAACAUAAUUUUGAUAUCCGACAGCAGGAGGAUCUCGGGAUCGCGAGCUGCCAGGAGUUUUGUGGUGGAAGCCGUGUUUCGGUAUCGUUGCGGGACGAGUUUUCUUGCUUUUGCUUUUAAUGCGCUUUUCACCUUGGAGCGUUUUGCAUUGUUCGCAUCGUUCGUGUGGCCGUUCCAGUUUCCGGAGUACGAUUGUGUUUUGUGGUUAGAGCAUCGGUGAUGUGCUGCUUCUAUGUCCAGAUACACCAAAGUAAGUGAGGACAGGGGUCCCAAUCGGGAACAUUUUCAUACACCGUCUCACAAGCGUAAAAGACCCGUCGAGAUUGAAAAUAUGAGUGACAACCCGGCGGACCGUAGCAAACGGGCCAACUUCUCGGCGAUUGCCUCAAACGGACUCAAUCGCAAUUUGAACAUUUUAAAUGUGAAGCCAACGGCUACGAAGAAACUCGUCAUUAAAAAUCUCAAAAGUGAAUUAAAACUUCCUGAUGACUACAGAGAACAAACAUGGGAGAAGUUAAAAGAGGCUGUGCUUGCCAUCCACAUGUCAAAGCCAAACAAGUAUUCUCUUGAAGAGUUGUAUCAAGCAGUGGAAAACAUGUGCAACCAUAAAAUGGCAAGCACACUCUACAACGAUUUACGUUCGCUAAUGGAAAAACAUGUACGCACCAAUGUUGAGCAAUUUCUUGCUGAAUCAAUGGAUAGGUUUUUAUUUUUGAAGAAAAUGAAUGAAACUUGGCAGGCGCAUUGUCAACAAAUGAUAAUGAUUCGUAGUAUAUUCUUGUUUCUCGAUCGUACUUACGUCCUACAAAAUCCAAGCAUUCUUUCAAUAUGGGACAUGGGUCUGGAGUUAUUCCGUCAAUACAUUUUGCAAUACACGCUCGUCCAGACGCGAAUUGUCGAAGGUCUCUUAAUGCUUAUCGAGCGUGAGCGCCGUGGAGUGACUGUAGAUCGCACCCUGCUCAAGUCCCUGCUGCGUAUGCUCACUGACUUACAGAUCUACGAACAAGCAUUCGAGCAGAAGUUCCUCAUCGCCACAGAACGUUUAUAUGCGGCCGAGGGGCAACGCUUGAUGUUGGAAAUGGAAGUACCUGAAUACCUAAAUCACGUUGACAAACGCAUUGCUGAAGAGAACGAACGCGUGCUGCAUUAUUUGGAUUCGAUUUCCAAGUAUCAACUGAUUCACACCGUGGAGAAAAUGUUGCUGCGCGAACAUAUUAAUAACAUUUUGGCGAAAGGUCUGGACGGUUUGCUGGAAGAGAAACGUCUGCCUAACUUGACUCUGCUAUACAAUCUCUUCGGACGUGUGAAGAACGGACACUCUGAGCUAUGUAUAGCGUUUAAUGCUUAUAUUAAGAAACGCGGUAGGAUAAUCGUUAUCGAACCCGAAAAGGACAAAACUAUGGUACAGGAACUGCUGGACUUUAAGGACAGCACGGAUAAUGUUGUGCAGACUUGUUUCAAUCGAAAUGAGAAGUUUGGGAAUUCACUGAAGGAGGCCUUUGAGUACUUCAUUAAUCAACGUGCAAAUAAACCAGCUGAAUUGAUUGCGAAAUUCGUUGAUUCCAAACUACGUGCAGGAAAUAAAGAAGCAACUGAGGAAGAAUUAGAGCGGCUGUUAGACAAGAUAAUGGUACUUUUUAGAUUCAUCCAUGGAAAGGAUGUAUUUGAAGCGUUCUAUAAGAAAGACUUGGCUAAAAGAUUACUAGUUGGGAAGUCAGCCAGCGUCGAUGCUGAGAAGAGUAUGUUGAGCAAAUUGAAACAGGAAUGCGGCGGUGGUUUCACCUCAAAAUUAGAGGGAAUGUUUAAAGAUAUGGAACUGAGCAAGGAUAUUAAUAUUGCGUUCAAGCAGCACAUCACCAAUGCGAGUAGCCGUCUUGCCCAGCUGGAGAUGACUGUGAAUAUUUUAACGAUGGGAUACUGGCCCACGUAUACACCAAUGGAGGUGAACGUGCCCGAAGAGAUGGUGCAGUUUCAGGAUGUUUUCAACAAGUUCUACCUCAGUAAACACAGCGGACGCAAACUGCAAUGGCAGCCGACGUUGGGUCACUGCGUGUUGAAAGCGUGUUUCAAGGCUGCACAAAAGGAGUUGGUGGUGUCGCUGUUUCAGUCGCUCGUCUUGCUGUUAUUCAAUAAUUCUGAUGAGUUAGCUUUUGAUUAUAUUAAAACGGCGACUAACAUCGAAGAAGGCGAGCUGAAACGGACGCUGCAGAGUUUGGCGUGUGGCAAGGCGCGCGUGCUCAAUAAGAAUCCCAAGGGACGGGAUGUUGGUGAAGAUGAUAAGUUUAAAUUCAAUUCGGAAUUUACCAAUAAGCUAUAUAGGAUUAAAAUUAAUCAAAUACAAAUGAAGGAAACGAUGGAGGAGCAGAAAGCAACUGAAGAGCGGGUCUAUCAAGAUAGGCAAUAUCAAAUCGAUGCGGCAAUCGUGCGCAUUAUGAAAAUGCGAAAAACAUUAAGUCAUAAUUUAUUAAUUAGUGAGUUGUACGUCCAACUUAAAUUUCCUGUCAAGCCUGCUGACCUCAAGAAACGCAUCGAGUCGUUAAUCGAUCGCGAUUACAUGGAACGCGACAAGGACAAUCCGAACCAAUACAAUUACGUUGCGUAAGGCGCAACUGGCUACGAAUAUCUCGAAUCGAGGAUUUGUUCGGUGACUGGAUAAGGAAGGACAGCUGUUUAACCACCUAUGAUAUACCUUUAAUAGCUAUUUUUUCUGAACCUUGUGAGAAAUAUUCCAGACAUCUAGUCUUUUAAUUUGUGAAAUCAUUUUCGGCACAAGCAAAUUCACAGAAAUAUGACAUCCGCCUUUAAUUCCAAUUAUUAUCAUUCUUACGAUGACAACUUGUAAAGUUUUGUGCUUAUUGAAAUUUUUGGGUAUUUUAAGUGUGUACACGAUUUCAAAUACAUAUAUAGUUUGUAUUAUUUGACCAGCAGGCAGGCAGGCGAAUCGCCAUCGAUUCUUAUUAUAUUCGAUUUGUGUAUAAUUGGAAUUCAUUGGAUAUAUUUAAAUCUUCCUCGAUAAGUUUUCUACGGACGUAACGAAAGCUUGGCGAUUUUUGGAGUUAUGUUGUAAAUGAAAUGUUAAUAACGAAAGAAUCGUGUGCUGGACGGUUGAUUGUUCAAGAGAUUUUUGUAACGGUAAUAAAAACGAAAACUUACACGAA